AUUAGAAGUGUUACUGGUAUGAACUAAUAAUCAUGAUAAUACCUAAUGUUACGUUACUGAUUGCUGUCUAACGCUGCUUUUAUCUACUUUAUUAUGCAGCCAUACAAGAGAAGCCCUUCAGCUUCCGAUGGGGCCGACGAAUCCGUCCAGCCUGGCGGCAACGGGUCGGCCAGAGCUCCACCCCUGCAGCUGACUGAUGACGACAUUGACAGCCUGCAGCUCUCUGAGGAGUGUCGCCGAAUGGCCAUCUCGGAUCCCGGGAGCCUGGUCCCUCCCUUUCCUCCUCUGCCCCUGCCUGUCUGUGCACCUCAUCAGUUUGUAUCUGAAAUAUACUCUUCCAGUCCACCAGUGGAUGUCAAGAAUUUAACCCCAAGCCUCCGGUCACCUAUUGCCAUCCAGCCCAAGCCGGUGGCCAGUACUGAGCAUCACCGUCUUAACUCUUCGUCUGACCCCAAGUAUGACCCUCUCACUCCCUCACUUUCCCCGCCCUUCAUUCCACCGAACGAGCUGGAAGAGUCGAACACGGUUAACCCUACAGCAGACGUAACAUCACCAAAAUCAACCGACUUAGAACCAAAAUGGGACCAUUUCGCCGUCGACUCCAACAGACAGUCCGACGAGUCUUCCAUCGAGCUCAUCCCAUCGCCGGACGUUUCGUCGAAAGCCACUGCCCGCGCUCCUCCCAGUCCCGUCGUUCUCGACGAGGACCUCCGCGGCAUUAACGGAAACGGCGGCGGUGGGAACAGCUCACCGGAAGUACUGAACGGAGGUGACGGGAAGGACAGUUCAUUCGAGGUCGUGGCUCCGGUCCGUCUGCGACUGUGGCAGGGUGAGGAGCGUCUACGGACGGAGGCAGUAGCCGGAGGCACGGUCCACCUCACUACUUGUCGUCUGUUCCGGAUGUAUGAUGACCAGCCGCACCGGCAACUAGCCGUGCCCUUCCACCGGAUUGACAGGCUCCGGUACGACCGGAGCGACACCCGACUCGAGGUCGUCUGUGUGGAUAAUUCUACGUUUACACUGGACUUCUUGAACGCCUCCGUCCGGGAGGUGUGGGUCAACCUGCUCGACAACGAGAUUCUCCACAAAUGCGACACAAUCACUGGUCCGUUCAGCCACCUGCUGCAGCCGCCCAGUGACGACCCCGAGAUUCAGCUGCCCGACAUCCGCUCGGCAUUCGUCAGGGACAACGAGUCGGAGGCUACGGGACUGCUCAGAAAGACACGUCGGUCACGGGACUGAACGAUGAUAACUGAAUUCUGAAUGACAUGGCGGGCGGUUUUCAACGAGAGCUUGCGACGGACGGGCUUAGUCAACUCUACAAAACGACCGGAUGCCGCAUGACGUGUAGAGUUCAAACUCUUGACCAUACCUACACCAGCAAAGUGUCGAACUAGCAAACAUCGCAUCACCAGGCAUCCUCAGUGACAGAUGAAGCGACAAUAACCAUUUCGAACGUCCGCCCGGCAGCAAAAAAAAAAAACGUGCAGCUGUAUUGCGGGCUAGCCUACCCGGUCAGGCAUGUAAUGCGGUACAGCCUACCCAGCCAGUGAAACUGUCUAGUCGCAGGCGCGAGUUCGCAGCAUUUGUGUAGGCAAUUGUAUGGUGUUUUGCAUUGCGAUUACACAUAUCCGAGCCUGUGACAGCCAUUAGUGCCUUUUUUCAUGAUGUAACGUCUUUUUCUGACCUACAUAACUGACAAUAGGUAUAUAUGUCCUCUCUUUGUUCUGAUGAGGCGAAUUAUUUACAGCUAAAUAAGUAAUAACGCUUUUACGUGCGCAUGAUUUGUGACAUUUGUAGGCACCUAUUGUGCACAUCACUGAAAAUACUCAAGACUGAUUGCAUGCGUGUCAUCCUAUUCUCAUCAACUGCGCAAUAAAACUGAGUACGGUCAUCCAGGUAUGUUCCACUUUUGCGCGGGUCAAGUCCCCGUUCCCCCGCAUGCAUUCUGAAUGGAUCGUGGUAUAGCGUUAGCGCUCUGAUCUGCACAACUUUAAAUGUCUAUCACGGUUACUCUUGCAACGAUGUGAGUGAAUAUUUCAACAGUAUACAUCGUAUAAAUUAAACCGUAAGGAUCGUAUACCUGAGCGUUCUCACGAUAUUUUUGCGUGUUUUAAGUUCUGUUCAGUAGUUAGGUAUUUCGGAUCAUGUGACUGUGUCUCUCCCCUUUCACCCAUAAUGAAGCUCGCGGCACUUGAGAGUGGAAAAGCGGAAUGAUUUGACAUCCAUAUUUCCAACGAUUGAUUCACGAGUAUGAAGUUAAUUGCAGCCCACUUUCGUCGAUAAUAAAGACAUCAAUCUGCUCA